AUGGCUCCCCGAACACGUUCUCACGGCCUAGCAACGUCUCCAGCGGUUCGACCUUCCAUACCAGCAGCUGCCCGCGCCCGGAAACGACAAGUCAAAAGUCACACAGCGGCGCCAAGACCAGAGUCUGACGCGGUCAACACGCCAGACGACGUUGCACCCGACGCGUCCACUGUGUCGGGCCCCCAACUUCCAGUCGAGCUCGUGGAGCAAGUACUCACCUGCAUCGACCCGACUGAUACCCACACACUGGCAAACGUCAUUCGUGCGUCCCAACUCUUCUGGGAGAUUGGGGCACCACACCUGUAUCGCCGGGUGACGUUCACACAGGCGCAGCUACUGAAACUCGUCGCUGGGGUGGACCACAGGCAUCGCCAAGAGGGGGAGGAGGAACCCUCUGACGAUGUUCUCAAGGCCCAGAGGUCAGAUGGUGUGUCGCGAUACAGCGACCGUGCGCAGCGUGCGUUUGGGUUCAUCGAACACAUGAGCCUCAACCCGCCGCCUUCUUACGCAGUUGUUGAGAGACUAUGGGACGCCACCCUCCCAAACACGCCCCUGUUCCCGAAUGUACGGCACCUAUGUCUCACGCAGCCCCCCAUCGUUCGUGACGAUUACCGCGAAGGGCCAAGGCCACCUGCGGACGUGGUGGUUUUCGACUCGCCGGACAUAUGUGUCAACGGUCAUCCUGGGGUUGUGCGACUUCAGCACCUCCCGACCAACAACACCAGAUCCUUGAGCUGUCACUACAACAAAUGGUGGUGCGGUUUCUUCCAGAUCCGGCUCCCCGACAACCCACCGCCGAUGCGCAUCUUUGAGCCACGUCCGCGGUAUUUUGACCCAGAAGGGUUCGAAAUGGACUACAUGUUGCCGAAGCUCGGGAGCGAUAAGCUCGAGCUCAACUUUCGCCAUGACUCUGUUAUGCAGGCGGCGAUCACGGAGAGGGUGGGGCUCUUGGUUCCCGUACACUUUGGUGAUGACUGCAUCCCAUGUGUGGUCUGUGGUCGCAAGUGGGGAGAGCCGAGGCCACACUACAUCAAGAAGUUUGGAUAG